CUUCCUCUUCGAAGGCCGACGUUCCUGGUAUUGCACUCGUCUGACUGGUCAAUGGGACUGAAUGACAGGCGUCAGGAAGACAUGCACUGGCCAACAUGGGGCUCGGGCCAAGCUUUUGAGUCGGACUGCUACACCGUUGGUGGACACCAAUGGUCGAUGCUGGUCCUGGCCCUGCGACGCAUCACAAACUGGAAGAGGGACUGAAGCAAAUAUCGACAGCCAAGGCUUGGCCCAGCAACCCUCUCGGCGCGCGAGGCGCGUACAUCUCGAUCAUGAACUGGUGCGAAGCUCCGGAUAGUUGCGGAACAUGGAGCUAAGGGCAUAUAAAGUAGCUCUUGUUCCCCGGCAUCCAGUAUCACGAGAGGUCUUCAGAGCUCCAGACUCCCAAAUCCGACAAGGCCCACCUCCUGCUUUUCAAAGCAUCCAGGUCCAGCAGCUGCCAUCGUCCCUGAGCCAUCACAAUGAAGGCCAGCCUCCUCUUCCUCGCGGCCUCCACGGCCCUUGCCGCCCCUCUCGAGAGCGUCCCCGUCGCUCGCAGCGAGAUUGGGUCUUUCCCCAUCGCCGAGCUUGAGGCUUACUACAAUGCCGCCUACUCCGUCAAGCCCGAGGAGACCGCCGCUCUCAGCCCCGCGAUCUCCAAGCGCCAGUACAACGGCGACACCUUCAACCAGCUGACCGAUGGCACGGCUUGCCGCAAGGUCACCUUGAUCUGGGCCCGUGGCACCACGCAAUCCGGCAACGUUGGCGAGGCCGGUUCCGAGGGACCCGUUUUCUUCAACGCCCUUGCCGGUCUUGUCGGAACCUCCAACUUGGCCGUCCAGGGUGUCGACUACUCCGCUAGCAUCCUUGGCUUCCUCGCUGGCGGCGACGCAGCGGGCAGCACCACCAUGGCUAACUUGGUUGCUCGCGCGGUCACCCAAUGCCCCAGCACCAAGAUCGUCAUGUCCGGCUACAGCCAGGGUGGCCAGCUCGUCCACAACGCCGCAUCCAAGCUCACUGCGGCCCAGACCGCCCGUGUAUCUGCCGUUCUUAUCUUCGGCGACCCGUUUGAUGGCCAGGCUGUUGGCAGCAUCCCUGCCUCCAAGGUCAAGGUCAUUUGCCACGACGGCGACAACAUCUGCGACGGCGGUAUCAUCAUCACCGCCGACCACAGAAACUACGAGCAAGAUGCCCCAGCUGCGGCUGCCUUCGUUGCUGGUCUUGUUGCGUAAGGAAUUGUAACGAUUAAUGACAUGUCCAGGCUAAGACCUUGUGGAGGAAUGAGGGAAUCAUUUUUUCUUAGGCAGUUGAAUAAGAACCGUUGAGGGAACACCCUAAUUCCCAAUCUAAAUGAC